AUGGAUGCAACACUUGCAGAGCUAGAGCGAGUCCAGACACAAAUCCUCAGUCGCAUAUCAAACUUAGAGCUCUCUCUGCUCCCUCACAAUCCUCUCCCAUCGCUAUCGCCAUUUUACUCCUCUCCCGGAGCCAACGGCGACGGCGAUAGUGACCGCGACACCGGCACCGUGGCUCGCCUCUCCAACAUUCUCCGAUCAAACGGCGUCAACAAUUUCUCCUUUAAGAGAGUUCCUGCUGAUUAUUACGAUCGAUCUCUUGAAUGCCGACGCGAUCUCCUCGGUGCUGCAUCCAUCGACCAUCUAUGCAAAAGCAUCGUAUUGUCUUUUUCACUUGUUUUGACUGACAAAUUAGUAGCAAAUAUUGUCCAUUAUGCAGUGAGGCUUGCUCCUGAGGAUACAUCAAUAAAGUUGACUGGAUAUGAGCACAAUGCUGUGACAUGCAUAGGCAUGAAUACAGACAUUCCGGUGAUUUUGGAUGAAGCAAUUGUGGAACUAAAUCCUGAUUUCUUCUGGUUGGGGGGUGGGGAGGUUGAUUUGAAGCUAGGGAUCAAGACAUCAGAGUUUAUUAACUUCGUGAAACCUUUCAUCGUGAAUUGUAGUGGAAAUUGAGCUACCAGAAUGAAUUAUUAUCAAACAUGCCAUACUGGAUGUCAAUUUCAUUGUCUUAUAAUCCAUUAGAGAAGUUAGUUUUGGAAGUUAAUGAUACUCAGAGCAGAACAUUUUCCUUGACAUAUUGAAUUCAUUUUUUUUCUCC